AUGAGUUACAUCCUGUCUUACGUGGUUGUGCUUCUUCUAUGUGUCGGUGGAAACGGACUCGUCUGUCUUGUUGUGCUGCGCAACCGUAACAUGCGCUCCGUGACAAACCUGUUCAUCUUGAACUUGGCCAUCAGCGAUCUACUCGUAGGCAUAUUCUGUGUGCCUACCACUUUGAUUGACAGCUUGAUAUCAGGUGAGCACUUGGAUGGCCAGACGACGUGCACCUUGAGUAACCUGGUGCAGGGCAUGUCCGUGUGCGCCUCCGUGUUCACGCUGGUGGCUAUAGCAGUAGACAGGUUCACGGGUAUCAUGUUCCCCUUCAGACAGCGCACACGUCCAGUCACGGCUCUGCUGGUCAUCCUGUUCAUCUGGCUGCUGGCCUUCGCCGUGAUCGUGCCGUCGGCCGCCAUGUUGCGGGUGGAGCCGUACGGCGACGCCUACGUGACGCAGGGCGAGCGCACCUACCCGCUGCUGGUGUGCUACGAGGCCUGGCCUCGGCCGGAGCUGCGCCGCGUCUACACCACGCUCGUCUUCGUGCACGUGUAUCUGGCGCCGCUGCUGCUCAUCGGCCUCAUGUACGGCUGCAUCGCCGCCAAGACGCGCCACAUGCGCUCCCGGCGCCGCCGCAAGGUCCUCACGAUGCUGGUGAUGGUGGCGCUGCUCUUCAUGCUGUCAUGGCUGCCGCUCUGGACGCUCUGGCUGCUGGCCGACUACCGCGAGCUGGACGGGCAGCAGAUCGACUUCCUGAGCAACUUCCUGUUCCCCGCCGCACACCGGCUGGCCUUCUUCAACAGCGGCGUCAACCCCAUCAUCUACGGCUUCUUCAACGACAACUUGCGCCGAGGCUUCCAGGCGGCCGUGGCAUGCGGCUCCUGCACCGCGCUGGGGGUGAUCGCGCGCCCCAUGCGCCUCGUCUUGCCACGGCCCAACAAGGUGUCGCACGAGGACUCCGCGCCCGCGCCCGCGCCCGCGCCCGUGCCUGUGCCCGCCCAGUGGAAGAACGGGCGCUACGCCACGAGGGCCCCUCAGCAGACGCCCAACGGCAGCCAGGGGAUCCUGCUGCAGGACCUCAACAGGCACAAGCACAACACCCGAGUGAUGCAGGACCUCAACAAGCACAACACCCGAGUGAUGGACCUCAACAAGCACAAGCACAACACCCGAGUGAUGGACCUCAACAAGCACAACACCCGAGUGAUGGACCUCAACAAGCACAAGCACAACACCCGAGUGAUGGACCUCAACAAGCACAAGCACAACACCCGAGUGAUGGACCUCAACAAGCACAAGCACAACACCCGAGUGAUGCAGGACCUCAACAAGCACAACACCCGAGUGAUGGACCUCAACAAGCACAAGCACAACACCCGAGUGAUGGACCUCAACAAGCACAAGCACAACACCCGAGUGAUGGACCUCAACAAGCACAAGCACAACACCCGAGUGAUGGACCUCAACAAGCACAAGCACAACACCCGAGUGAUGCACCUCAACAAGCACAACACCCGAGUGAUGCACCUCAACAAGCACAACACCCGAGUGAUGCAGGCAAGGCACUUCCCCGUCGCCAUUUUCCAGACAUACAUCAUGUCCAACCUCUUUGACCAUCUACCCAAUGUGUUCUCUGUGUUCUGCUUCUGA